AUGACAUCCGACAUUCCGGAAAUUCUGCUUCUCUGCAUGGAUGCAGAGUACAUCAUAGCCAUCAAUAAAGCCUUCGAAACAAAAUGGCCAACAUAUGCCAGCAAAAUCAAAAUCACCCCAAAAUAUGAACGUCUGCACACCCUCCCUCCAACAACAAAAUACGACCUGGUAGUGUCCUCCGCCAACAGCUACGGCCGUCUAGAUGGCGGAUUCAACGACGCUAUCUCAAAGUUCUUUAGCCCCAAGAAUGACUACGGCGCACUCACUCGAGCAACGCAGCAGGCCCUUUACAGGAAAUGGCGUGGGUUCGCCCCUCCAGGAACAUGUACGCUCGUCCGGUUUCCUGAAGGUCUUCAAGGUAAUGCGCCUGGUUGUCGGUGGCUAGCUCUUUGCCCGACAAUGCGCGAGCCAUCAGAUGUUCGGUGGGACCGAGAAGUUGUUUAUGAGUGUAUUUGGAGCCUGAUGUGUCAGGUUGAGGGGCAUAAUCGUAAUGCUAGUCCUGGGCAGUAUCGGAUCCGAAGGCUUCUUAUGGUUCCGUUUGCUGUUGGAGCUGGCAAGGUUAGUAAGGAGAGGUGGGCGGAGCAGACAGUUUUGGCCUUGAAGCAUUUUGUUGAUUCAGUUGAGCAUCCGGCUAAAUGGCAGAGUCUGGAGUGGGGGCAGGCUGAGCGUUAUUGCAAUGAUGUUGCUACUACUUGGAAGUAG